AUGAUCCUCAGGACUCUACUGGCGUUCUUCCUCGUCAUCGCCGUCCUGGCCCUCACAGUCUCGGCAUCUCCUUCGGUCUCGUCCGAUGUCCACACCUUCCAGACGCGUGCACGAGCGGGCAAGAAGCCAAGCUACGUCGCCGAGCCCGCGGAGAACCUCGAAUGCGAGCCGUUCGGAGAGUGCGAACCAUGUCCAGAGGACGAUCUGAAGCAGCCGUUCUGCAUGCCCUUUGGGAACCGCCGACUGCUCCACUGCGUCCCCCGAGGAGCAGGAGCAGAUGCGCACAAGAUUCCUGCGUGGGAGGCAUGCGGCAAGGUCGUCAAGCAGGAAAAGCACGACUUUUACAGUUUCAUUACGUCCAAUCUCCUCCUCCUGAUUGUGUGUCUCGUCAUUUAUGGCGUGCGGACCAGCACCCUCGCGGCUCAGCAGUACCGCCAGCUCGCGGCGCGCAUCGGUAUUCCCAGCGGCGCAUUCCAGGUGUAG